AGUCCUGGCGCGGUUUUUGGGUCGUCGCCGUGGAGGGACUGCCUCAGCUGCGCAUGCGCGGUUGGGCGGCGGUGAGGGGCUGAGGGAGCAGCGAUGGGGGUCUGCCGGCGGGAGAGGGAAUCUGUCCGCCGGUUCUGUGACUUCCUCCGGCAAGUGUACGAAGAAGGAAAGAAAAAUAUCAGCAAAAGAUCACUUACCUUUGAGACUGAUGUCCUAGGCUAUUUGAUUGAUGAAGCCUGUGUGAACCCUGUCGAGAACUUCUGGAACAGAACCGGGGAGAUGGUUAUUGUGGAGAAAGUGUUAUCAUGUGUAAAAACUGAGCAACUAGAAGAGCAUUGGGCAGAUGACACGGGCGUCUCGGAGGUGUCCUCCAAAGAGCAUCCUGCACAACAUGGCUUACCUGUUUCACGAGCAAGGCAGCUCAUUUCAUUCUACACCAUGUCACAAAACCCCAACAUGACCGAUCUGAAAAUGAGCGAUCCAGUGGCUUUUCCUCCACUGUGGGUUCGAUGUGAUCGGACAGAUCCCAAGCAAACCACCUGGCUAGGAGCUGAGCCUCUCUCCACUGGAAAUAACGUUACUGGGAUCACUCUUCAUACCAUUACCAGCAGUGGUCCAUUGUCAAAUAAGAAUUGUUCUAUGGAUUUGGAAGAAUUAAAAGAGUCACACAGAAGGAGACACCGCUGUUUUGGG